UCACCUCUGGUCAUCCCACAAGACGUCCAAUUUCUUAUUCUAAUCCUGCUUCUCACUCUUGGUUGAGCCGCUCGUCAGUAACGGUUUCAGCUCAUCUUCGACGGUUUUCUCAACGGAACUGGUAUAAUCAUGGCUUCUGAGGCUCCCACCGUCUCUGGCGCUUCUGCCGACAACCUGACGCCUGCCCAGCGUCUGGCCGAGAAGCACGACGACCACAAGCCCUCGAUCGAGGAAGUUGUCGACGAGGAGGACCUUCUGCACCCUCCUCCUUCUGCUUCAGCCACUACUUCGUCGUCGGCUGGUCCCUCGACUGCCGCUCCUACCCCGGCUCCCGAGUCCACUCCUGCUCCUGCCCCCAAGAAGGCUUCUGUCCUCGACACUCAGUCCGAAGAGCUCUUCCCUUCCCUUGGCGCCCCCAAGUCUCGUGCCUCUGCCGGGCCUUCGCCAUGGUCCAAGAAGCCUGCUGCUGUUGGCAAUGCCAACGGUCUUCGCAAUGGUCAGGUCUCCAAUUCGACCCCUUCGCGUAACUCGACUCCUGCCUCUGGUGCUGCUACCCCAGCCUCGGCCAAUGCUGCUUUCCGCGGUGUUUCUCUUCCCGGUCGUCACACCGAGGCCAUCUCCUUCGCUCCUUCGCAGCUCGCUCAAGCCAAGGAUCUCAAGAAGCCUGUCUCGGAGAUUCUUCGUGACAUCAACAAGCGCUCAAAGGCAAAGGUUGAGAUGAGCCAAGGCGCCGGCGGCUCCUACGCCUUCAGAGCCACUGGUACCACUCCUAACGAUGUCCGCGAGACGUUGAAGGAGGUUGCUCGCCAGCUUGGUUCCAGACAAAGCAUCAAGGUCCCCGUCCCUCUUUCCGUCCGCGCUCACAUCAUCGGUCGCGGAGGUGCCAACAUUACCGCUCUCAGCCAAAAGACUGGUGCCAAGAUCCAGGUUCCCCGUCAGGAGGACAUCGACACCUUCGACGACGACGACUCUGCUACGAUUGAUGUAAGCAUCGAGGGUGAUGCCGUCGCCGCCGAGAUGGCUCGUCAAGAGAUUGAGAAGAUUGUCAAUGAGCGCACAUCGUCGACCAACAUGCGCCUGAAGGAUAUUCCCGCCGAGUUCUACCCCUUCUUAGCUGGUGCCCACAACUCGCGUGUUGGCGACCUCGAGAACGGCCGCGACUUGAGAGUCCAGAUCCCCCACUACCACACAUGGGUCGAGCAGGCUCCUCCUCAGUCCGCCGCCUACCGCCAGCCUCCUGCUUUCGUCCCUCAGGCUAGCUUGCCCAUCCAGAUCGCUGGUGACCGUUUGGCUGCCAACGAGGCUCGCGCUCAGCUCGAACGCCAGGUUGAACAGCUCAGACGUGAGCUUGUCUCAGACCAGGUCGCCAUCGAGCGUGGUCGUCACCAGUUCAUUGUCGGUGACAGAGGCACUUCGCUCCACGACUUCCUUGCCGAGACUGGCUGCGCCGUUAUCCUGCCUCCUGAUUCCGAGGACGACGAGAAUCUGACCAUUGUCGGCCCUGCCGACAGACUCGACGAUGGUUUGAACAAGGUCAUGGAGCUCGCUUCCAGCAUGGCCAUGGCUAGCGUUGACAUCUCCCGCUCCUUCCCUAACGCUCCCCUCGGCGCCCAGGCUCACGCUCGUAACGUCACCAAGUACCUCCAGCAGAGACGCGCCAUUCAGGACCUAGAGCGUCUUUACAACGCUCGCAUCGUCGCCAGCACUGCUCGUAACGGCCCCACUGCUUGGGAGGUCUACUCUCGCGAUGGUAAGAACACCAUGAAGGCUCGCUCCGACAUCAUGAACCUUAUUAGCGGACACCCUCCCACUCGCCUCAACCCUGUCCAGGUCCACCCCUUCUACCACCAGCACCUUCGCCAGUCCGCUGGUCCCCAGAUUCGCGACCAGUUUGGUGUCCACAUGGUUGUCCCCGAGGACUCGGACAGUGACGACGAGAUUCUCCUUGUCUAUGAGGGCCCCUCUUCGGCUUCUGACUACCAGCUGCCUAGACGCCAACCUGCUGCCAACGAGGCUCAGGACUUCGCUCGUUCUUUGAAGGAGGCCCAGCAGCACCUUCUUGGUCUGCUUAGUGGCCAGCAAGAAAUCGUCUCUCGCGAUGUUGAUGCUCCUUCCAAGUUCCACGACAAGAUCAGAAGACACGUCGACCGUGAGCAGUCCAGCCUUCCUUCAGACCAGAUCCCCGUGCAGGUCUUGUUCGGCGGUCAGGGCGCUCGCAAGGCUCCUGCUCAAGGUCUGUCCGUACGUGGUCCUAGUGACCGUGCUGACGCCCUUGUUGAGAGCCUGCUUGCCUUCAUCGAGCAAGAGAAGCAGGAUGAGCUCGAGCGCGGCUUCACUCUUACCUUCGACUUCCCUCAGAAGUUCGCCAACAUCUUGAUCGGAAAGAAGGGUGACAACAUCAGAAAGCUUCGUGAGGAGUUCGAUGUCGAUAUCCAGGUCAACGAUGGUAAGGUCGAGCUCAAGGGUCCCCAGGCCAAGGCCAACGCUUGCAAGGCUCACAUUCUUGCUCUUGGCAAGAAGCUCGAGGACGAAGCUACUUACGUCCUCAAGGUCAAGCCCCAGUUCCAUAAGGACCUGAUUGGUACCAAGGGCAGUAUGGUCAACCGUCUCCAAGACAGAUACAACGUCAGAAUCAACUUCCCUCGUUCUAACGGCGCCGAGGCUGAUGAUGCCGCUGAGGGUGAGGGCCCUCGCAGAUCGGCUCAAGCUCCCGAUGAGGUCAUUAUCAAGGGCCCCAAGAAGGGUGCUGAUGAGGCCAGAGAGGAACUCCUCAAUCUCCUCCAAUACACCAUGGAUACCUCCCACACUGCCACUGUAUCUGUUCAACAGAGCCAGCUCCCUUCCUUGAUCGGUUCUGGCGGUCGUGAGCUUGAUGCUCUUCGUCUUGCCACUGGUGCCCACGUUGAUGUUCCCAACAACCGCGAGGCUGCCGAUGCCUCUGGACGUGUUGAGGUCAAGAUCAAGGGUUCCAAGAAGGCAGUCGAGGAGGCCAAGAAGCAAAUCGAAGAGGCAGCCAAGGUCUUUGACUCGACCGUUACUCGUACUCUCGACAUCGAGAAGAAGCACCACCGUAACAUUAUUGGUGGUGGUGGCGCUAACAUCCGCAACAUCGUCAUUCAAGCUGGCGGUCCUGACGACAGACAGAAGCUUGCCCGCAUGGUGCGCUUCCCUCGUGCUGAGGCCGAGGGCAACACUAUCCGUGUUGAGGCCAACCAGUCUAUCGCCGACAAGAUCAUCGAAGCCAUCCAAGCACAAGUCUCUAACCUUGAGAGCCAGACCACUCAGAUCAUCGAGAUCUCCCCCGAGAAGCACCCCAAGCUUAUCGGCCGUGGUGGUGACAUCAGAAAGAAGAUUGAGUCAGAGUUUGGUGUUCAGCUUGACAUUCCCAGACAAUCUGUCACUGGCGCAGACCGCUCCAAGGUCAAGCUGACUGGCCGUGCCGAGAACAUUGAGAAGGCCAAGGAGCACAUCGCUGCUCUUACCAAAGACGCUGAGAGUACCGACAUCCAGGUCCCACUCAAGUUCCACCACGUCAUUGCCGACAACGGUCAGUUCUUCCGCCGUCUGCGUAGCGACCUCAAGGUUUCUGUCGACCACAAGGGCCAGCGUCCUCCUCAGCGUCCUGAGGCUUUGUCCACCCGCAAGGCUGGUUCUGGCAUGCCCCUGAUCACCGAUGAUGCCACUGGUGGUGCCUCGGACGAUAACAUCUCUUGGGUCAUCCACAACCUUCACGAGAGUGCUCCCGAGGGCGAAAUCACCUGGGCCUUGUCUGGUGCUUCCACCGAGAGCCUCGAAAAGGCCAGCGCUCGCGUCAAGAAGGCUCUUGCUGAUGCUGAGAAGCUGACUCACGCUGGUUUCCUAGUCCUUCCCGACCCCAGCUCCUACAGAAGAGUUGUUGGUCCUCAGGGCAGUACCAUCAACGACAUCCGCACCAAGACUGGCACCAAGAUCCAGGUCCCCAAGGCUCAGAGUGGUGACGAGGCUAUUGAGAUCACCGGUACCCAGGACGGUGUCGAGAAUGCCAAGGAGAUGAUCCUCAACGCCAUUCAGGGUUAAGCCAGAUAGCAGAAGAGCAGGAUGACAUUCUAGCGUUUGUACUUUCGCAUGGGUGCGUCGGAGUUACAUGGGCAUUUGCAAACAAAAGCAACAGAGAGCAACCAUCUAUAUCAUGAUGUGGUUUCUAUUUUGGAUGGGAUCCAAAAAUAUCUCGAAAAGCUUAUAUUUCGUAUUAUCAAAUUUUUCCUUCAGUCAUUUAAACACAAAUUGUAAAGGCCAUUGUACAGUAACUGUUAUUCAAGUUCGACGUUGUCUCGC